AUGUCGCUUGAGAAUUUCUAUCUUGGCAAUCAAAAGUCUACCUAUUUCAAGAACUUGUCCUUGCAAAUACAUACCGAUAGAGCUGCCUCCAUUCGGGCGUUUACAGCCGCGCAAUUUCCGGAACUGAGAACUGUGAUCAUGGCCCCAACAGCACCCAAAAAACGCCCCUCCAUCCGGGCCAAAACCUCUAAUUCAGGCUCUGGCCUGAUCGCACGCCCUCCCCCCAAGCACCGCGAAGGCGCAGUCAUCUCCGACUCCUUCAUAAACAGCAAGAAAGACAAGCGCGUCAUCAAGCACUCCUCCUUCCUCAACCGCAUCGAAAAAGCCCACAAGAAACCACUGAAGCGCAGGCGACCUAGUAAGAAGCUUGUUACAACACUCGAGAGUCUCGCGGAUGCGCUGCCCGAUGUGGAGGAUCUUGUCAAGGAGAAUGACAGGGCUGCGAGUGGUGGUAAUGGGGGGAGUGGCAAGAUGACGAUGAAGAGUUUGAAGAGUAAACCCGGAGCAAGGAAACGGAAGGAGAAGUUGGAGAGGAUGGAGAGGGAGAGGUUUGGGAAGAACAUGGCAGUUAUUCUGGCUGGCGGGAAAGAGGAAGGGGAGAAGGUUCCGGAGGUUGCUAUGUCUGUCGACGAGGGAGGCGGUGCUGGAACUACUGCUGUUGCGACUGCGGCUCCUGUGUCGAAUCCAGCGGUGAACAGAUUCGCAGCUUUAAGGGCCUGGGUCAAUCAGAAUAUGGAGAAGCAUCCGGCGUUUGAGGAGAAGAAAUAGCGGCUGCAUCAGGGAACUGCAUACUCGACACAUUACGAGUUCUAAAGCGCACAGAUUUCGUCACGUUUGUGCCCCUCCAAAGGUAAGUCUUCAAUGGAAUGCUAUUGGCCUACCAUCAGCUAUAGCUGCCAGCAUUUGAAGCUCUCAAUAUUUUCGACUACGAGUCACGUUUUGACAAUCCAAAACUGCCUAUCUUCGGAUUCUUCUUGAAGGACAUUCCGCUGUCAUCAUCCAGCGCCUCGGGUGUCCCAGAGUCCGAACUCUCCAUAAUCUCCAGGUCGCACUUCUUUGCCAGAGAACCUUGCUUUCCAAAUCUUCUCCCAAUCUCCUUCUCUUUCACACCAGAAAGGAAUAGCAGAACAUGACUACGACAAUAUCAGUUUCCUCGGCAAACAGAUUGAGAAGCUGGUACGCAAAGGUGCAGCCUGGGCAUCAUGAAAUCACAGCUCCUAGUGAAUGUGACAGAAAGGAAGAAUGGGGCUGAGGAGAGAGAGAAUGCAUGUGAGAGAGCGAGCGCUGCAUCAGGGUUGUGAAAGCUGUCGCGAUUGGAGCGUGACAAGUACAUACUGUAUUUGCAUUACACUCCGGUCCACUACUCCCCUCGAUUCGACGUUGUCUCACGCAAACCAAAACAAGUCGGCUGUACCGAGUCCCUGACAUCAACACGUUCAAAGAAAACUCGACACCAAUCUUGCCCGAUUCGCUGACAUCAUCGGAUGCCAUACCGUCCAUCUCGCCUACGAGAACUGUUGUUGGUGUUGGUGACCAAACACCAAUAUGGUCAGACCAUUGUCGGCAGUCCACUUGGAGGACCGUUCAAACAUCGGACUCCAUCUCAUGCCUUCUGCACUGUAGCAUAUAAUGCGAUCCAAGGACGACUUCAGGACUAACAUCGCAUCUUGGUCCAUUUGAAAAGUUGCGCUGUUGUGUGACCAUUCGAUUAAACUUCUAACUGCUUCGGUUCUCAUGGACAGAAUCCAUAUCUUGCAGAAAAGGGAUGUGUAGAGAUGACUGUUCAGGUCACAAUGAAUCAGCUCACUACCCCGAAGCGUGGUGACAGAUCAGUAGCCAAUUUUAGUUCAGAAGUCAAAUAUCAGAAACAAAUAAAGAUUGGAACAGUUCAAGGAUUGUGGAGUUGAAAAGCGGAUAUCGUAUAGCAUUCCAAGUACGGGAAUUUUUCCUAUCCGUACGUAUCAAGUAUUUUCCGUUCUGUUGCUACAAGGGAGAGGCUCAUAAACGCCGCCGGGUUUCGUGCAGCUAGGUAUUUUCAUAUCCUGCUUGCAGGUUACAUUCCUGGCAUAACAAAAUAAAAUGUGCAUUGUGCUUGCAUCAAGCCGUCAGUUCAUCUCCACCUCCAUUUCCAUCUUGGUCUCCAUAUUUCUCUGACAGAUGAUCUCUCAUUUCCCCCCUAGUACUUGAUGUAUGUUGUCCGCUUCUUGUUGAAUGCCCGUUGGUCUUUCAGCCAUUGCCUGUAUCCUGCUACACUGGAAAUCUUUUCUCCGUAAUAAUCUAGAGAUUGAGUUAGUAUGCAAGUAAAAUUGCAAAGCUGAAGAAAAAUCUCGAGAACGUACCCGGUACAGGAUUUGCCAUGCUACUCGCCGAAGGAUCAACUCUGAAUCUUUUAAUCCUCCUAUAGAAUUCCUUCUCCUUUUCAGCCAUCUGGGUCCUGUAGUUUCUAUUCCUCCAAUUGAACACGCCCGUUCCAAGAAUUGGUCCUACCAACCAUCCCACACCUCCACACGUGAAUGUAAUCAAGCCCAGCGUGAUGAAUGGAUCAAGAGGAAUUUGCGACACUAAAGCAUCCAUAUCCGACAUAGUGAGAACUUGUGCUCCGCCGACAAACCCACCGAUUCCUGUGGUCACUGACGAUCCUAGUUGGUACCACCGGCGGGUCUUGCGAAGCUUGAAGAAUGUGUUCCAGUCGAGGAGGUCUGAACCAGGCGCCGAAGCUUCUGACGCCGUAGCUGUGGAUGAAGGGUGCGAAGUAGUAGCGGUUGAAGCAUGUCUGACCAUUGUCGAAGUAGGUCUGAAUGUGACAUUGCGUUUAGGGAGCUGCACUCGUCGUCUAGGAGCUGAUGGCGUGGUGCCUGUGCAUGUGGUGGUGCUCUGAUUUCUGCGGAGGGAAGGACUGCUCGUCGUGGGAUAUGUGCAAGGCGUGAAGAGGGUAGGCUGUAACCUGCAGCCGAUUGCUGCGGUCCGGAGUGUCGGUGUUGCUCCCAGCAUUUUGGUGAUGGCUUUUAGUGAGUGAGUG